AUGGCCACACCAUCUUUCUACGAGCUCUACCGCCGGAGCAGCAUCGGGUAUGCCCUGACCGACACGCUCGAUGAGCUCAUCCGCGAGAACCGCAUCGAUCCGCAGCUGGCCAUGAAAGUGCUCCAGAACUUCGACCGCGCCAUCGCCGAGACGCUCCAGGAGAAGGUCAAAGCUCGCCUGUCCUUCAAGGGAUCUCUGGAUACCUACCGCUUCUGUGACGAGGUCUGGACGUUCCUUAUACGCGACGUGCAAUUCAAAAUGGAAGGCGGAGGGGCACCGGUUUUUGUAGACAAGGUCAAGAUUGUCAGCUGCAACGCGAAGCCAGCUGUUCCGUAA